GGAUUGAGCUGGUGGAGAUUAAACGCUCGCUGGUCGUCACAACGUCUUGACACGUGAACGAUGAAGACAUUGGUAUGCGUGCUCGCGUGUUUAUGUGUGUCGUCUUAUUCUCUGCCACCGGAUAAGAUGCACGCAUUUCACAUAAUUAAAACACGUAGCAUAGACCUGAACAAUGCCCACGGUCUGGCGAUGGAGAGUAGAUUGGAGAAAACAUUGGAACCAACGGCAUACCGGCUGGAACUCGAGCCGUACCUCGAAGAUGGCGUGUUUAAAGGUCACGUGAGCAUCAAUGUGACCUGGCUCGAAAACACGGACGAAAUAAGCGUACACUGUGCACACGAGAUCGAGAUCACUGAGUCGGAAGUGAAGGCGUUCAUGCCGAGUAACUCGAAAGAAUUGCUGAAGAUACCAAUAAAGAAAAUGAGUACAGAUCCAAAGAAACCGAUUGUAACGCUUCGUCUCGAGAGGACUGUGCCAAAGUCGUCAGUUGGGUUUUUAAACUUCAGUUUUAAAGGGAACAUGCAGACAUCUUCAACAGAAGCGUUCUUCAAAACAUCUUACGUUACUGAUCAAGAGACUGAAAGGAUUGUAGCGGCUACGCAAUUUCGCCCCAAUAACGCGAGAAGAAUGUUUCCAUGCUUCGACGAACCUGCUUAUAAGACGCCUUUUGAACUCAGUGUAGUGCGACCUCGGAGUAUGGUUGCUCUUAGUAAUACUCCUGUAGCAAGAACAGAAGAUAUCAAUGGUGAGCCAAAUGCGGUUUGGGAUCAUUUCGAGCGAACUCCUCCAAUGUCCACCUUCACAUUGGGUCUCGUCAUUGCCGAUCUGAAACAACUCGGAGAAUCCACUCAUUACAAGGAUGACAAUGGAAAUAAUAUUGAGCUACGAGUAUGGGGUCGUCCAGAAUAUUUACAAGCAUUAGAAGGGAUGAACGAGAAAGUGGCUCAAGUAUUUGCGGAAGUCGCUAACUUCUGGCAAGUGCCGCUCCCUCUAACUAAACUGGAUAUCGUCGCCUUGCCAAACUAUCAAGGAGUCAAGCCUGCUGAUAAUUGGGGAUUGAUUGUUUUCAAGGAAAGCGAGGCGAGCAGCCGGGGGCUGCUGCAGCUGGCGGCGGAGCUGUCGCACGCGUGGCUCGGCGCGCUCGCCUCGCCCGCGUGGUGGAGCGACGCGCACGUGAACAAGGCGCUCGUGGGCUACCUCGCCGCGGAGAUCGCCUUCAAGAUAAACAACGGUUCGGAGAUGGAGGGAAAGUGGCCGAUGACUGUUCUAUAUUCCCUGUACUACGAAUUUAGUAAGCGCUACCCCCAUUCUCGCAUCACUGGCAUGAAGCAAGAGACUGCUUGCACCAAGAUAGAGCUGUUGUUCCGAAUGUUCAACUACACUCUCGGAGGAGACACGUUUAGGAAAGGACUGAGGAUGUUUAUUGAGUCCAGGAAAUUUAAAACAUUUACCGGCGAUGACAUCUGGAAUGCUCUAAACACAGCCGCAGUCGCUGAUGGCAAAAUACCCUCGGAUCUUGAUGUUAAAACUGUAGCAAAAAGCUGGAUUGAGAAAGAUAGAUUGCCACUUAUAACUGUUAACAGAAAUUAUGAGACCAAUUCAGCUAUGGUCACUCAGAAAGUAUACCUUCGUGAACGUCCUCACGACGUCCCCGACGCAGCAAAGAUGCUCUGGUGGGCGCCGCUCGUGGUGGCUCGCAGCGACCGCCUGGACUUCACCAACACCACACCCGUCGCUUGGAUGAGGAACCACAGAGAACUGAACCUUAUAAACAUGCCUGAUAAAGAUCACUUCAUAAUUGUCAAUCCCGAGGAGAUUGCACCAUUCCCCGUAAACUACGAUCAAGAUAACUGGAAUCUCAUAUCAUCGUAUCUACAAAGUGAGAAACGAACUAAAAUACCAGAACUGACCCGAGCCAAACUGUUGCACGACGCGUGGAACCUGGCGUACGCCGGCCAGUUGUCGUUCGCCACCGCCUUCAACAUGACGCUGUUCUUGAAACACGAGCGACACCACUUGGUAUGGGACCCCGUGUUCACGAUGAUCGAUCACGUCGGACGGCACAUCUGUUCCAGUAUUCAUGACAAAUUUCACACGUACGUGCGUAUCCUGCUGAGUCCACUGUACGAAGAGCUGACGAAGGACGUCGGCGAGGACGAGGAGAGCUGGCGCAAGAACCUGCGCUCGUUGUGCAAGACGUUCCUCUGCCGCGCCGGCUACGAGCCGUGCGUGCGCGAGGCGCGCGAGCAGUUCGCGGCGUGGCGCGCGGCGCCCGGCCCCGACGACGGCAACCCGAUAUCCAAUCAGUACAUCUGUCCUGUAUUCGAAUGGGGCUCGGAACAAGAAUGGGAUUUCGGUCUACAGAGGGUAAUAAACUUCCCUCCAUCGAGGAAACAGAGCGAGAGAACUUACCUUCUGAAGACCCUUGCAGGCUGCCCAAUAGAUGAAUACAAGAUUGAGAAAUUACUGAACAUAACCGUUCUAGAAGGCAAUGGAAACUUUACGGAAACUGAUCUCUUCCUUAUAUUCAGUAUGUUAACUGGCAGCUCUCAGGGUUACACGACGCUGUUUCAUUUCCUGAAUAACAACUGGGACACUUUAAAAGAGAAGUUUGCCAGUAAAACUAACAUUUGGGAUAACCUAAUAACUUCAGCGACAUCCGAGUUUAAGACACAAGCUGGUCUAGAAUUAGUGUCGAACCUGUACGUGGCCCAUCAGGGAGAAUUCGGUUCUGCGGAGCACAUUAUAGAAAAAUCGAUGAGGAAUAUAAGAGAGGAAGCGAAAUGGUCGGCAGAAAAUCUACCAGUUAUCGAGAAAUGGCUUGAUAAUUAUAUCAAUAAUGCUGACGUUAAGGAUGACCAGUAUAUUAAAAAACUACAGUAGUUAACGGUAUAUAUCAAAAAUUGUCAUGUUAUAUAAUAAAAUCAAAUCUGAAAUUAACAAGAGAAUAAAAAAAAAAUUUGUGGUAUUUUAAUAACUACUGUUAUAUCUAGUAAGCAUUUAAUACGAUUUGAUUAAAUUGUA